AUGGUACUAAUAUGGUAUGGUAUGGUAUUGGUGCCAUUUACUGGUGUUGAUAAUCACAGGAGAGGCGUCACGUUUGCAAUUGGUUUGAUUUCUCGUGAAGAUGUGGAUUCUUAUGUGUGGCUCCUUCAACAAUUUAAAUCUGCAAUGGGUUGUGUGCCUAGUUGCACUAUCACUGACCAAGAUCCUUCGAUGCGGAUUGCAGUCCCACAGGUGUUUGGUACUACGCGCCACAGGUUUUAUAUGUGGCAUAUAAUGUCAAAUGUUGGUGAGAAGGUUGGUAAUGUUCUAUCUAAAGACGAGGAGUUUCGACGUGCUUUGAAUGAUGUUGUUUGGAAUGAGACGUUGUCCGUGGAGGAGUUUGAGCGGGGUUGGCAGGACGUAAUGGAAAAGUAUAGCCUUGGUGAUCACCGGUGGUUUCGUCUGAUGUAUGAUCUGAGAUCGUAUUGGAUUCCUGCGUUUUUUAAUGAUCUUUUCAUGGGUGGCUGCUUCGCACGACAUCCAGGUCCGAAGCUGCGAAUAGUGUGUUUGGCCAAACUGAAUGCGGAAUGUGAGGGCCAUUUUCCUACCUCCGAGACUCCGUUGUUGAUUGAGAAGCAUGCGGCUGUAGUGUAUACUGUCAACGUUUUUUAUGAUGUUCAAGCCGAGGUUAUUGCGGGAUCUUUUUCGUGUCGUUCUGUUCGUUCAAAUGUUGAAGGGGUGGUAACCCGUUAUGAGGUGCAAGAUGGUGAUGAGUUGGUGCACACGGUGAUUUUUGACUCUGGACCGCAAGUUGUUUCUAUCCCUUCUCGGUAUGUUGUUUCACGUUGGACUGGGGGUGCUUGUGUGCGGCAGUUGUUGGGGGUUCAACGUCGGGGGUCGGCGGAUGUAGAUGUCGUUAUUGGUGAAGCUUGGGCAGAAUUCUUCUCGUGCAUGACCAUCGCGUCACGGAGUGUUGAUCAUGUUAUGAAGCUGACUGCAUCUUUGAAAGAUUUCAACGCUAAUUUAUUGGCUGAGAAUGGUCCCAGCGAUCCCUCUUCUUCUUCUAAGAAGCAACUUUUUGAGGCGUUUUGCGAUGCUUCGCCCGAUGGUGAAGUUCAUAUUCGUCCUCCUCCUAUCUCCAUUAACAAGGGUGGUGGCAAACGUUUCAAAAGUUCAAGGGAAUUAGCUGUUGAAAAGGCCGGACGUCGUCAACGACAAUGCCAAACUUGUGAAAAGUAUGACCAUAAUAGUCGUACAUGCCCGAUGCGGAACGUAAACAUUUGA